UGACAAGUAAUUAAUUUUCGUUAUUUAUUUAAAUAAAUUGAGUCUAGUGGGAAAAGGAGAUUUUUUGAGCAUUCAUUCAACUCUUCGUGGGGGAUAAUGCUGGGAUGAAGGCGAUUGAGAUUUUUUUCAAUUAGGGAAAAAACUGUGAGUGAUAAAAUUAAAAUGGGAGAGACUGGAAGUGUUUUACACAUGGGCUCGUGGGUCACUUUGGCAUUGUCCAUCGGAUUAAUUUCAGUGAUUAUUGGAUUGUUUAUAAAAAGAGCAAGAUUUUUACAUUGUUUACGAAAUGUACCAUUUCCAUCAGCUCUACCAAUUAUUGGUAAUGCCUAUCAGCUCAACUGCAGUCUCGAAGAUUUUUUUAAGAAACUGGUGGAGUGGAGCAAGGAAUUUGGAGAUAUCUAUUUGUUGUGGCUGGGACCUAGGCCCCUGGUGUUCGUCUACAGGGUUGAAGGGGUUCAGGCAUUACUCAGUAGCAGUGUCCACAUCGACAAGAGCCUGGAAUAUCAGUACCUGAGACGAUGGCUGGGGAACGGUCUCGUAGUCAACAGCGGCGAUUCGUGGCACUUCAGAAGAAAACUAGUCACUCCAACAUUCCACAGUGGUCUUCUCCUGGACUACCUGAAGUCGACAAUCAGAGAAUCCCAUACAAUGGUCGCCUGUCUAGUCAACGAAAUUGAAAACGAUGGAUUUGACAUCGUCCCUUACGCAAAACGCGCAGCACUCGAUUUAAUUUGUGAGACGACGAUGGGGUACCACAUGAACGCUCAGACGAAAUUGAACAACGAUUACGUUCGAGCAGUGGAAAAAAUGACGACAAUAAUGCAGACAAGGUUCACGAACAUCUGGAUCUCUCUGGAUGCAAUAUUUAAUCUGACAGCAUUGGGAAAGGAGCACGAGAGGGCUCUGAAUGUGAUUCACAGUUUUGUUGACAAGAUAAUAGCGGAGAGAAAGGCGCAAUGGAAGAUAUCCCGUGAUGGAAAUUUCAAUGAUGCCACGAAGAAGCGUCCAGCCUUCCUGGAUUUUCUCCUGGAGGUAUCCCAGGAUGGGACUGUUCUGAAUGACAGAGACAUCAGGGAUGAAGUCAACACUUUCAUGUUCGCAGGACACGAUACCGUAGCCACCAGUCUCUCCUGGUUUUUUUAUGCCAUUGGACUUCAUCCUGAGUACCAGACGAAAAUUCUGGAAGAGUACGACCAGGUGAUCGGUAACGAGGAAAUCACUCUCGAGGGAUUGAAUAAACUCUCCUGGCUCGAUGCCUGUGUCAAGGAAGUCUGGAGGAUAUACCCUGUAGUCCCUCUCGUUGCUAGACAAAUCUACCAACCGAUUAAAAUCAUGAACCACGACAUUCCCAUUGGCUCGACAGUUCUGAUAAAUACUUUCCUGCUGCAUCGGGACCCUCGGCAUUUUCCGGAACCCGAAGUAUUCCGACCAGAGAGAUUUCUUCCGGAUAGUCCAAAGCCUCCGACAUUUGCAUUUAUCCCCUUCAGUGCUGGCUCUCGCAAUUGUAUUGGAUGGAAAUUUGCCACGAUGGAGGUCAAGGUCACGAUUUUAACUGUCCUCAGGGCGUAUCACAUUCAGUCCUUGGAGAAUCCUGAUCAGCUCAGGCUGAGCAGCUCCAUCGUCCUGAUCAACGCCAAUGGCCUACGAGUCAAGAUAUCCCGGAGGAAAUAAUUCCUUAAUUGUC